AUGGCGAACAAGUUGGUCCUGCUGGUCAAUGGAGCCACUCCAGAAUCCAGUAUGGAUAUACUCCAACGUCUGGUUUCCAAGUGUGAUCCAGCUAGCUUUGAUCGUGGAAAUCAGGAUGUGAUGGAUCCAGAAUACCGCGAGGCUGUCAAGCCGGAUCCCGACCAGUUUGCCACGAACUUCCACCCCGCUGAUUAUGGCCUCAUUAAGCAUAUUGAGCAAAUCCUUCUCCCUAGUAUCUGCAGCAAGGAAGACACACACGAAAGCUCCACGCGGAACUCCACGAGUUUAAUGCUUAUUCAGGGCCAUCUGGUCUGUUCCACAAGCAUGUUGACACCCCAAGCUCUGAGAAACAGGUUGGUUCUCUGGUGGUGUGUCUGCCCUCUCCAUUCGAGGAGGUGGUUUGAUUGUGCAGCACCAUGGCCAGAAAGUCAAGUUCGACUGAAGUGCCAGAAGUGUUUCCACCAUCCAAUGGGAAACCUUCUACAGUGGCUGCGAGCAUGA